CACUGGUGUUACAUCACUGUACCAACCACAGCAUUACACUGGAUUGAGACAGACACACAGGUUGGAAUGGAAGACUCUGGGCCUACACUGGCAUCUGGGCCCAGUUCUCAUUCUAAUUCACCUAUUAUGGAGGAGCCUAGCAGCAAGCUGUUCUGCUGCCGCUGGGUAAGACUCAGAAUACCCUUGGCACACAGAGAGGAGCUCUACCAGAUUCUAAGAAUGACUGGACCCCUGCUGCUGUCUCGAAUUUUAAACUACCUGCUUCCGUUUGUCAUCACAAUGUUCUGUGGUCGCCUGGGGAAUGCAGUGUUAGCUGGUUAUGGCCUCGCCUGCGCAACAAUUAAUAUCACGACUGCGGCAACAGGAGGCGGACUUGCAUUAGCAUGCGACACUUUAGUGUCUCAGACGUUUGGUGGUAGGAACCUGCACCGCGUUGGGGUGAUCCUUCAGAGGAGUGUAUUGAUUCUGCUCCUCUUCUGUCUGCCCUGCUGGGCCAUGCUCAUUAACACCCAGACUGUCCUGCUGGCUCUGGGCCAGGAGCCUGAAGUGGCCAGAAUAGCCCAGCUGUAUGUCAUCAGCUAUUUACCGGCUGUGCCAGCUAUGUUCCUGCAUCAACUUCAGGCUUCUUAUCUACAGAACCAGGGGAUAAUUCUGCCUCAGAUGUACACGGCGGCAGCGGCAAACCUUGCCAAUGUGCUGACGAACUACAUCCUGCUCUACUGGAUGGACCUGGGAGUUAUAGGGUCUGCUGCUGCCAACGCACUUUCCCAGCUCUACAUAUGUUCAUUCCUGUUUGCUUACAUUGUUUGGAAGAAGCUACACAUGAAAACGUGGGGAGGUUGGACCACAGAAGCACUUCAGGAUUGGGGCUCCUACAUGAAACUGGCAAUCCCGAGUACACUGAUGUUGUGUUUUGAAUGGUGGAUAUAUGAGCUGGGAGGAUUCCUUGCAGGCAUGCUAAGCGAAGUGGAUCUGGCUGCGCAACAUGUGGUUAUAAUGCUGGCUUUCAUUAACUACAUGUUCCCCCUGGGGAUCCAAGCAGCAGCAUGUGUUCGUGUGGGGAAUGCCUUAGGAGCUGGAGACAGAGCUGGGGCCAUCCUCACCAGCAAGGUGUCCCUCACCCUCUCAGGUGUAAUGGCAGUAAUUCAGGGAAUUGCGCUGAUGUCUACUAAAACAGUGAUUGCUUUCAUGUUUACUUCUGAUGAGCAGAUAAUAGAGCUGGUCUCACAGGUUCUCACUGUGUACAGUGUCCUUCAAUUCUUUGAUGGGCUAGUGUGUGUGUCUAUGGGCAUCAUCCUUGGGACAGGCAGACAGAAGAUAGCAGCGAUAGCUAAUCUCAUCACCUACUACUGUGUCGGCCUUCCAAUGGGCACCUCAUUAAUGUUUGCAGCUGGCCUCAGGGUCCUGGGGUUCUGGCUAGGCCUGCUGAUCGCUGUCAGUCUGUUGUCUAUCUUCUUCAUCACUGUGAUAUUUAGGCUCAACUGGGAGAAAAUGACAGAGAAGGCUGUGAAACGAGCUGGAAAGGCUAGACAUAUGGUGUCAAUGAGAAGCAUAGUUGCACCUGAUCACACAGAAAACAAUGAGGCGACACUGAACUACACCCCAGUAAAUGCUGAGGACCAGUAUGACCUAAGGGGAAGCAAUGGGACCCCGGAGGUGCAAAGGGGCAAUGGGAGUCCCACAGCGCGUCUCUCCACCGCCCAGCUGGUUCUGAGGAGAGGUAUCACUGUACUGGCUGCCAUUGCCAUUCUGACUGUGGGGACCAGUCUCCAUGUUCUCCUGCCUCUACCAAUCAGCUCAUGGAGCAAUAUGACUGCAGACUGGAGCAACAUUACCUACAACACUACCUACCGCCCUGAUUUGGUCCAGACAACUCUACUCCUCUAGGAGUCAUACCCAGGGGACUGAGAGAAGACCCCGGUACCAAGAGAAAUCAUAGACUUGCUGUGCCAGGGGGAUCUUUGACACGUCAUUAUGAAUUAGCAGAAUAGAAUACAAAACAUUUGGGAAUGUACACUGGAAGUCUGCCUUUUUGUUUUGCAGUAUGUCUUAACAAUAAUGAGAUUACAUUGUUUGAUUGAUUUGUGUCAUCAGCUAAAACAUUGGGUUACAAAUUAAUUUAGAUUUAAAAAAAAAACAGAAAUAACUAUCCUGUGGCUCCUUAUAGUGGUUUUUGGGACCACAGUUUGAUCAGCUCAUCUCCUGCUUCCAUCAUCAGUUAAGUGGUCCUCUGACCACUCUGGCUGAGCAGGUCUCUGGGGCCUGUUGGUUCUGACGUUCAUUCUAUCUGAACUUACUCUGUUCCUUAAAUUACAUUGGUGAGCAGCAGGUUGACAACGAUCCCCAGGGCCAGGAUGAAGAGCAUGAAACACAGGGCCAAGCCCCUCCUCAACAGCAGGGCCCUUCGUGACAGGAGGACCCCCACCGUGCUGGGAGCCACCCCAUCACUGGUCUCACCAUCAACCUCAGCACCAUCUUUAGCCUGGGCAGUUUGGUCCAUGUGGCCCCCACGGGGAGGUGAAUCAUCUGAAUGGGUAUUUGGGGCCAUAUCUGUCACAUACAAAAACAUUCGUUAGACGUAGCAUUCGUUUUUUCAUAACCCCGAUAACAUAGUACAUCUUUGUAAAGCCACAGAGAAGGUUAUGAUGAGGAGGAGGAAGGGGAGAAGGCGGAGGUGGAAGGUUAAUGGAGUCAUUCUUACUCAUGUCUGUUGAGUUGCUUUGCACACCAGCUCUGAUCUGGGCCUGCCCAAAAUCCAGGUCAUCCCUGUUAAGAUCCUCUUCAAGGCAUUCACAAUAAAUGCAAUGGGGACUUGA